UUUAGUAUUCUUCUACAGCAGACAAACAGAGACACACAGCCAUGGCUCGUAACGAAGAGAAAGCACAGUCUAUGCUCAAUCGAUUCAUAACAUUCAAAGAACAAGAGAAAAAGAAGCCCAAAGAACGCCGCCCCUAUCUCGCUUCCGAAUGCCGCGAUCUCGCCGAAGCCGACCGAUGGCGCCAGCAAAUCCUCGGAGAAAUCGGCCGAAAAGUCGCCGAAAUUCAAAACGAAGGCCUCGGAGAGCACCGCCUCCGUGACCUAAACGACGAAAUCAACAAACUCAUCCGUGAAAAGGUACAUUGGGAGCGCCGGAUAAUUGAACUCGGCGGUCCUAAUUACACCAAACAUGCUCCUAAGAUGACUGACCUAGACGGUAACAUAAUCGACGUGCCAAACCCUAGCGGUCGUGGCCCGGGGUAUCGGUACUUCGGAGCAGCGAAGAAGCUUCCUGGAGUGAGGGAGUUGUUCGAGAAGCCGCCGGAGUUGAGGAAGAGGAAGACUAGGUAUGACAUAUAUAAGCGAAUAGAUGCGAGUUAUUACGGAUAUAGGGACGAUGAGGACGGGGUUUUGGCGAAGGUGGAGGUGCCGGCGGAGAAGAGGAUGAGGGCGUUGGCUGUGGAGGAUUGGAAGAUGAUGGAUGAGAUUAGGAAGGAGGCUAGGAAGGGAGCUAUGGAGGUUGUGAGCGUUGGCGCGGUGGCGGCAGAGGUUUUGGUAGAGGAGGAGGAGGAUGUUGUGGAGGAAGAAAGGAUGAUUGAGAGGGAGAAGGAGGAUAAGGAAAGGAUGGAGAAGAUGAAGGAGUUUGUUGUUCAUGUUCCAUUGCCCGACGAGAAGGAGAUUGAGAGAAUGAUUGUCGAGAAGAAGAAGAUGGAGCUGUUGAGUAAGUAUGCGAGUGAAGGGUUGCUGGAAGAACAGAGUGAGGCUAAGGCUAUGCUUAAUAUUCAGCGUUAGAGAUAAAGAGAAGUGUUGGGUCUUCUAAGUGAAAUGCAUGUAGAUGGUGCCACCUAACAUAUGGCUGCCCGGUUAGCUGUUACCUUAUUACUUCCCUGCUAACUUCCCUGCCUAGCAUGUAUACUACAAUGAAGUUGACGACUUUGCUUUUCUGGUAAAGUACAUUGAUGGGUAUGCAGUAAAGUGAUUGUUGGAGGUUGCAACUUUCUGUUUUUAUAGUUCAGAAUAGAGAAACCCGUCGUCCUAUGAUGAUUUCCAAAUCUUUUUCGAAUGAAAAUUAAGCUUAUUGAUAGCGUGAUUUCUUUCAA